CAUUUGUUCCCACUUUCUCUCUCCUCCCUCCCUCUUUCUCUCUCUAUCUGGAAGACGCGGACAAAAUAGACCCUGCGCACUGUGUUGUUCUCUCUCUCUCUCUCUCUCUCUCUCUCCUUUCCUUCCUUUUUCUGUUUUCCUCCAUUUGAUGAGACCCAGGAGCGCGAGCCAGCGAUGUCUCUGAGAAGAACGUUUCUCUCGCGGAAGUUCUCUAGAUCCUUCAAGGAGCUCAACGGUAGAGCCCCGAGGGAGGAGGCGGCGGGCCGUCGCGGCGGCGCCGCCGGCGAGGAGCCGGAGAGGGCCGAGCCGGAGGCACACGGGGAGUCAUGGGGGACAAUGCUGCCGGAGCUCCUGGGGGAGAUCAUCCGCCGCGUGGAGGAGAGCGAGGACCGGUGGCCCCAGCGUCAGAACGUCGUCGCCUGCGCGUGCGUCUGCAAGCGGUGGAGGGACAUCACGAGGGAAAUCGUUAGGUCCCCGCUCCACAGUGGCCAAAUUACUUUCCCUUCCUGUCUCAAGCAGCCGGGACCACGGGAUUCUGCACAUCAAUGCCUUAUAAAGCGGGACAAGAAGACUUCGACUUUCUACCUUUAUCUCACGCUCAGCCCGUCAACACCAGAUGAGGGGAAGUUUCUUUUAGCGGCUCGGAGAUAUAGGCAUGGUGCUCACACUGAAUACAUUAUCUCUCUAGACGCUGAUGAUUUAUCCCAAGGAAGUAAUGCUUAUGUUGGAAAGUUAAGCUCGGACUUCCUUGGUACCAACUUCAUAAUCUAUGACAGCCAACCGCCACACAAUGGUGCAAAACCCUCAAGCAGCCGGGCGAGCCGCCGUUUUGCAAGCAAGCAAAUAAGCCCCCAGGUCCCAGCUGGCAACUUCGAGGUCGGGCAGGUCUCUUACAAGUUCAACAUUUUGAAAUCUAGAGGUCCAAGAAGGAUGGUUUGCUCGCUGAAGUGCCCUGUGUCGGGAGAAGCACCUACCGAUAAACAGGUGGAUAAUGUCAAGAUUAAGAAAUCAGGACCUAUCAGCUCGGAGCACACAAUUUUGAGGAAUAAGGCUCCAAGGUGGCACGAGCACAUGCAGUGCUGGUGCCUGAACUUCCAUGGUCGUGUGACUGUGGCUUCGGUGAAAAAUUUCCAACUUGUUGCCAUAAUGGACCAAAGCCAGCCGGGUGGGAAAGGAGAUGAGGAAACUGUUCUUCUCCAGUUUGGGAAGGUUGGGGAUGAUACUUUUACCAUGGACUAUCGGCAGCCCUUGUCUGCCUUCCAGGCAUUCGCCGUUUGCCUUACCAGCUUUGGCACAAAAAUUGCAUGCGAGUAACUGUAAUUUUGCUAUAUGUAAUGUUUGCCCUCGUCGGCACUAUUUUGUUAUAAUUAUGCACUUUUGUAUUGGUAUAAACAUGGUGUAACCUACGUUUGCUCCAAGGCAUAUGUACAUGUUCUAUGAAAAAUGAAUUUUACUGGCUAAUGUCUAACUA